GCACAAUCUACCACAAUCAAGAUGGCGGCGGCCAUGGACAUGGACGGCUUUGAUGUCUGGCUAAGCGAUAAAUUAGCCCGUCUCGAAAUCGACCAAGAAGUAUUCGGGACGUACAUUACAGGUAUCUUGGAGACCGACGAUUCAAGUUAUGACGAUAAAACAGACGCAUUGGUUGGAAUUCUCUCCGAAAUCGCCGAGGAGAGUGUACAAGAAACGUGUGAAGAGAUUUUAAAAAAAUGGGAUGAAAGUCAAAAGUUGGCAAUCAUUAAAAAUGAAGAAGCAAAAGCACUCGAGAAAGAAGCAAAGGAGCAGGCUUUUACUGCGCUGUUGGAGAAACAUACUUCAUCUGUAACUAAGAAAGAAGUGAGUGCAGAAGAGAAGAAAAGAAAAGAAGCGCUGCUUGCUCAGUACGCUGAGCUCUCUGAUGGAGAAGAAGAUGAAGAUGUAGAAGAUUCAGUAGAAGACUGUGCCUAUCUGAAGGAAAAUAAUUCCUCCAUCUUUAAAAACACCAACAAAGAUGACAUUAAAGAUGCAGAGAAGGCUAAACGCGAGAAAUCCAAAAUGGAACAUGAGAAAAAAAAGGAACGAGACAAGCUACAGAGAGAAAAAGAUAAACAGAAAGUCAUUGACCGCAAAGACAAAGAGAAGAAAAGAACACAAAAACAAGAAAGGAGAAGAUAGCUGGAGUUCCUUGACUCUAAUUAGUUUUGUAUUCAUCCAAAUGUCCACAUUCAAAAUGAAUCUUUUGAUUCACAUUUCUUUCGAGUAACAAUUAUGAAAGGUAUAUUAUAUACAAUUAGGAAAGAUUCACUGCCCGAUGUCUUCCUGUCACAUUUUGGUGCAAAUCUGUUUACAAAUUUCACUAUAAAAUCAUAUUGCAUCGUUUCUUAGAGUAUCAGUAAUAUAAUGUUGAUGCAUUUUUUUUACACCUACUGCAAACAAAGAUCAUUGUCACAUUUUUUACAUCAUCUACCGUAUUUGCUCUAUUAAAAGCGCAUCUCCAACAAAAGCACACAUAAACCAAAUAUUAUUGUAUACUGAAUCAUGAAAAUAUAACUUAUUACACACUUCUGUUGUGAGUGCAUGCUCCACUAAUAGAGCAAAUGCAGUAAUACUGAACUAAAUGGAAAUGGAAUUAAUUUUCCCUGAAAAGUCUUUUGGGUGUUUUGUAUGGAAUUUAAUUUUACUACUUUUUGACGAGUUGAAUGUAAUAUGGUAGAGGAAAACAAGUAUAUUCGCUGGAUUUAUUUUCACUGUAUCUCCCCUACAUCGAAUAUAAGUUUUAAGCAAAAAUAAAUGUACUGACUAUUAGUAGACAAUAAUAAGUAGAAAUUAAUUUUUGUUCAAAAAACAACAUUUCUUGCUAUUUGCAUGUUAUUAGCAUAAAUAUAGGUCACAUGACA